AUGGCAGAUUCAGGAAUGGAUGAGUUCGCACAGACACGCGGCGCCGACGACCUAUUCGACGACGAGAUUAUCCCGAUCUCCGCAGAAGAGCAGCAGACUCAGACGGAGGUAAUUGCGCACGAACCAGAGCCAGAGCAGCAGGAGGUGCCUGUGCCUGAAGAGCCAGCUCCGGAGCAGCCAAUUCCGCGCGGAGAGACUCCGCAGCGUGGCCGUGGCGGAGAGCGAGGUCGAGGCCGACGCGGACGGGGGAAGGGUGCGCGUGGUGGGCGAGAAUCGGAGCAAAAGCGCUCGGAAAGUUCCUCGCGGAAAAAGUCUUCUGCACAAUCUCCUGCAUCCGAUGUACGUCGGGGUAGUACCUCGAAGGGCGAGAAGUCCGCUGAGCCCAAGGAGCAACCCGGCCCUGUUGAAGAGGGCAAUGGAGAAGAACAGAGUUCGAACGGCGCCGAGGCGCAACGUGUGCCAGCUGUUCGUGGUGACCGGAGUGCUACUGGUGGCUUGAGAAAGCCCAAGCUCACGGAAGCAGAACUCUCCAAGCGCAUUGCCGCAGCCAAGGAGAAUGCUUUGAAGAAGGCCGCGGCUCAUGCCCGCGCUGAAGCCGACCAGGCCUCAUUCAUGGAGCGCGAGCAAGAAGCAGCGAAGAAACGGCGCGAAGAAGCCGCACACCGCCAGUUGAUGGACAAUGAACGUGAACAGAAUAGGCAACGCAAGCUCAAGGCCCAGACGGGCCGAGAAUGGGACUCGCAGAAGCGCGAGGAAGAUUAUAACCCCCGCGGCGGCGGCAGCCAGUUCCGUCGUGGUAUGCAUGGUGGCGUGUCUGGUGUAACUCGACGGAACUUCGAAGGAAGUCGCCCAGAGGACGCUGCUGAUCACCAGAGUAGUCCCCGGGACAGUGGAUGGGAUGAUGGAUGGGGCGAUGCAGGUGGUCGUGACCGAGGGUCGCCACGUGCCUCGCGGGGAAGUACACCACCCGGAGGUACACCACGACGGAAGGGCCUGGCUGGCAGUAGAUUUGCUACGGAGAGCCCCGUUGCUGGGCUGGAUGAUAAGAGUGCAUUCCCGGCUUUGCCGGAGCGGCCCAAGGAACCAGAGACGAAACCUACGCCUAAGUCGGAGACUAAGCUCACGGCUGACACCAACGUCAAUGCUGAACCUGCUUCUGAGGCUAGGAAGUCACCAUCAGCAAUGGACAAGUUGGACUCCACGUUCUCACCCCUUACUGGAACUUGGGCGGACCAGUUUGAUGACGGGUGGUGA